UCGAGGCGUUCGCAACUCGAGAGCUUUGAAUUUCGCACCGAGCCCGAGCGCUUACGUAUUUCGCCGUCGGAUUCACAUUCGCGUAUUUCGUAUAUCCGUGUUUGUUGUUUGUCAGCGCGUGUGUGUCACUGUGUGUGUCUGUGUAAGAAGCAAAGUGUAGCCGUGUGUGAGCGACGGCCACACGCGCAACGAAAGCGAAAGUUUUGUUUGGCGCGCGUGUUGCCAUUGGCGUCUGUAAAUUUGCAAACACACACGUUCCCCACCCAGAAUAGAUUAAAAGUGUGUGAAAGCAAAUAAAAAAGAAAUACGUGUAAAAAAGAUAAUGUUCAUUACUCCCAAUGAGGGUGCAUUAAAUUAAGGAAACCUAGAGCUAAAGAAACACGACAUCAACAUCGUUGCUGCAAAAACACGUCUGAAUAAACGCUGCCAAAACCGAAAGACGCUUCAAUGGCGCCCACCAUAUGUUCGGAGAAAAAACAGCUGACGGAAACGAGGCGACAUCAUGGCGUGGCCACAGCCGUCAUUUCAUCCUCAGCCGCAGCCACAGAAUCCUCUUCGACAUCCGCCAGAUCCACAUCUGCAACUACUGCCACACAAGCCAGCUCGGUGCUCAACUAUGUGGCCAAGGGUUCUAUGAACUCAUCAAGUCGCCGUCGCCCGGUGAGGUUGCAGCGAAGGAUACCGCACACCAUGGCCCGUGUGGCAUUCUCCUCGACGGACACCAGCAGCGGUGUGGAAACGGAGGUGGAGAUGGAUAUGGACUCCGAGCAGCGGAUGCAGAUAGAUGAGGACAGCUACUCGGCAGCCAGGAUUCAGUUCCAGCAGCAACAGCAACCACAUUCCAGCAGCGACACCAACAUCAAAACAGUAUUACAGCCGACAACGGCCAGUCGAUAUAGUAGCAAACACAACCGAUCGGCGGCGGCCAAACACUGUGAGGGGGUUCCAAUUCGAAUGGAGGACGAGGACGGUGACAGCGGGUACGAGUACAGCCAGGAUGCGAUAAAGGAGCAUCAUCUGUACCAUCAGAGCAGCGAUGGCCUGCUGUCCAUUGCCAUCAAGACCAUCAAACUGGUGCAGCGUAACAAGCUGCUGCAGAAGCGACUGGCGCAACUGCAGCUGGAGACCUCGGAGUUUAUUGCCUCAGUGCUGGCCAAUCCGGAAAACCGCCAGUUCCGCGAAAAAAUCAAGCCCAAGGCCGAGGCCAAGGUCAGCAACGUGCUGUUGCGCCACUAGGCAGGCGGUUUUCUUUUUGAUCUGGAAAAAAACUGAAAAACUAAAGCCCCAUUUCUGCACGUGAGAGGGAGUGUUUACAUUUGAAUACUGAUUGCAAUUCCAUGAACAUUUUAUUUUAUCGAAAUUUGAAAGAUUAAAAGCUUGGCAACAUGUUGCUGCAACAUUUAAAGGAGCGCAAAAAUAAUAUUGCCUACUUAUGGGCUACACGUGUAAAUUUGGCUUAAACAUGUAAAACGUAUGUAAAAAAUAGAAGGUGUUUAUAUAUGAAACAAUAUUCCUAGGAGAAACAUAGUUUAGCGACUAUAUUUUUUUCAUUUACAUGCAAAAAAAAUUUUACCAAAAAUCAUUAGGUCCUCUAUACAAAAAUAUUAACCUUCUUUUUCUCACGUCCAGGGAACCCAUAUUUGAGGGCUUAGUUUUGAAGAAUUCGUACUGAUUAACUUUACAAAAAAUGCAUCAAAGUUUAACAAUUUAAAUAUACAACAUAAACCAGAAAUCGCUAUGCUAACGUUUACAAAAAGAAAAUAUUUAUAUGAAUCCAAAAAGUCCAAAAGUGUAUCUGUAGUCGUUAAGUACAUUCUAUGUUUUAAAGUUUCUACACUCAAGAAUUAAUUUAUAAUAAAUCUACCUACUACUUAUAUCUAAAAAACACCAGGCAUAAUCAAUGAAACCCUAUGACGCUUUUUGCUUUAUACAACAAAUAGUUAUAGUGAAACUUGAUUGACAUGCAGAGCAAAUGGCUUUAACAAUAAAAUACGUAAUUGAUUUUCGGUAUUAGUACAUUAACCGAUAUAUUUCAAUUAAUAUGCCCAAGUAUAUGGAAAAUAUAAAAAUGCAAAGAAGCAAGGCAAAUCAAAGCAAAGCAAAACCAAAACAUAAUCUAAUUCAAAAGCAAAUCUUUUCAAUUCUAAAGCUUUUAGUCAACUCAACUAAGCUGGUAUUUCCCCCUUACUUAUCUAAAAGGAUAUCAAAUCAUCGAACUCACCACAGAAGUUUUCAUCAAUAAAAUUAGUGACAAAUUAAA